AUGGAGUCGAAACGCAAGUCGACGAUACAAAUCGAAGCGCUACAUUUUGCCGAGCCCAAGACUUACAAUGUCUUCAGUCAAGCACGUCGGCCUCAGAAACCAUACGGACGCCGUCACUGCAAACGUGGUUGUAUUCUCUUUAUUGUCUUUGACGGCAAACAGCAACUUCCAGGAGCCUCAACAAGUACUGAGUUCGACAUGCCGAUAAUAGUGUUCAAAUAUUUCCGCGUGAAGGCGUUAGGCGAGGGGGGGCGUAUGUUGCUCGCGUACGGCGGUCAAGAGUUCGUCGACCACAGAGUCUCAGACCAAGAGUGGCCUACUUUAAAACCAACGACACCGUUUGGUCAGCUGCCCGUGUUGGAGGUCGACGGCAAGCAAUACGCUCAGAGCAUGGCGAUUUACCGCUACUUGGGCAGAAGGUUCGGUCUCGCCGGCGAUGACGUGGAAGAGGAGUACCUAAUCGACCAGGCGGUGGAGUUCUACAAUGAACUACGCUUAAAGGCCUCAGCAGUAUACCACGAGUCCGACAAGAUUAUCAAAGCCAAGAUGCACGAUGACCUGAUGAAGAACUAUUACCCAUUCAUGCUCAAGAAACUGGAUGACGUAAUGAGUGAGAACAACGGAUAUCUUGCCGCGGGAAAGUUAACAUGGGCCGAUUUCCUAUUCGCCGGUAUGUAUGACUGCCUGAAGAUGGUGUUAAAAUUGCCCGACCUGGACGUCAGAUAUCCGAGUUUCAAGAAUCUUCAUCGCAGGGUCUUGUCCCUACCUGGAGUCGACGAGUACUGCAAGAAAGCGCCUCAUAGCGAAUUU